UCUCCUCUGCAAUCUCUAUAUUUUUUUUGUCAUCUUUUUUUCCAUAUUACACUAAACUCUUCCUCUUUGUAGGACUGUGAUGUACAAACUAUAAUUUUUAUAGGUUGUUACAGUCACCAAACCGACUCUUUUUUUUUUUUUUAAAAAAUUCCUUCAGUUUGCCUAGAGAACAAGCAAAUGCAUUGCAAACUGGGUUGAUAUAGUUACCGUGUUUUGAUCAAGUUUCAUUUCCAAAGUUCAGAAGUUCCUUCCGCCUUUGAGUACUCAACAGGAAAUUGAAAAUGAGAAACGAAGGACAAGCUCGGUCUUUGUUUGGAAUUUCUUUAUCUAAUAGACCCAGUUGGCAACAAUUCCUUAUUUGCUCUUCUGGUUUCUUCUUCGGUUACCUUGUCAAUGGUAUCUGCGAGGAAUAUGUAUACAACAGACUCCAAUUCAGUUACGGUUGGUACUUUACAUUUGUUCAAGGAUUCGUUUAUGUUGUUCUCAUUUAUCUUCAAGGCUUCACCACUAAACAAAUGGUGAAUCCAUGGAAGACUUACGUGAAGCUCUCUGCAGUCUUAAUGGGUUCUCACGGCCUUACCAAAGGGUCUUUGGCUUUUCUCAAUUAUCCUGCACAGCUCAUGUUCAAAUCCACAAAGGUUUUGCCUGUAAUGGUUAUGGGUGCUUUCAUACCGGGCCUCAGAAGAAAAUACCCAGUUCAUGAAUAUGUAUCUGCACUACUUUUAGUUGUGGGGUUGAUCCUUUUUACAUUAGCAGAUGCACAAACCUCACCAAAUUUCAGUAUGAUUGGUGUUAUAAUGGUGUCUGGUGCUCUAAUCAUGGAUUCUUUUCUGGGUAAUUUGCAAGAAGCAAUCUUUACCAUGAAUCCUGAAACCACCCAGAUGGAGAUGCUGUUUUGCUCAACUGUAGUCGGUUUGCCUUUCUUGAUUCCUCCCAUGAUUCUCACAGGAGAGUUAUUCAAAGCAUGGAAUUCAUGUUCUCAGCAUCUAUACGUGUAUGGGGUGCUGGUCUUCGAAGCUAUGGCCACCUUCAUCGGCCAAGUCUCUGUGCUUUCCCUUAUUGCCCUGUUUGGUGCUGCUACUACAGCCAUGGUGACAACGGCAAGAAAGGCAGUAACAUUACUGUUAUCAUACUUGAUAUUUACAAAACCAUUGACUGAGCAACAUGGCACUGGACUUUUGCUGAUAGCUAUGGGCAUUGCAUUGAAACUCUUGCCUGAUACGAAACCUACUAAAAGAGUUGCAGCCUCAACUACCAUUUCCAAGACUGGAAAAGAUGAAGAAGAGUGUAAUACUGGAUUGGACCAUGAAGCGGAAGAAGAAAAUAAGCCAUUGAUAUAAUUUUAAUACAUUCUCUGAUAUUUAAUUUUCUUUCAAAUGAAUUAUACUG